CGCUGGGCGUCCGCGCUGGGCAUGCGCACACCCGACGCGCGCACCUACCGGCCCCGCGAGGCGCGUCCCGUCGCUAGGCAACGAGCGCGCGCCCCGGACCCAGGCGGCUCCCUGCACGCGGCCCACAAGAAUGGAAACUGAGUACCUGAAGAAGUGCUUCGGAAAUUGCCUGAGCCGGGCGCUGGUGGAUGUGGCGAAGGUUCGGCCCAGUGACCCUAUAGAGUACCUGGCUCACUGGCUUUAUCAUUACAGGAAAAUAGCUAAAGUAAAAGAGGAGGAGAGCCAAGCGAAGAUCCUGCUGCAGGAAGAAUAUGGUAAUAGCCUCAAAGAAACAGAAAUGACAGAAAUGCUGAAGCAAGAGGAGUGUCAGAUUCAACAGAAGAGUGAAAAGUCUCACAAGCCACUGAUAUCUGUAGCUAGUUCCACAAAGAAGACCGCAUUCAUACAAGAGAACACAAAACCCCUUGAGAAGGAUUCCACGAAACAGGACUCUCUGCCAGGUACUUCCAGUAUGAUUCCAGGAAUGCCUCAAUAGAUUCCUCCUCGAGAGUCAUCUGGCCAGACUGACUGUAAUGUCAAAACUCUGCAAGAAAUAAAUUACUAGGCUUUUCAGCAUGAAAUUGCUCCCCAAAUGUAUCCUGGCUCCAAAUUUCUUUCUUAAGUUAUCAAAAAGUGGAUGAUUCUCACGAUGCUUCUCCCAAAGCUGCAAACUGAGAAAAUGGCCAGAUAGGCGCUGAAGAUGGUAACUAUGUGGAUUAAACCAAGAUUGGAGGGCUGUGGAAGGAGGUGUCAUGCCAGGACUCUCCAGCCGAAGGUCUGUUCUAGUAGCUGUGAAAACACUUGAAUCAUGUAAACAUUUGAACUACUGAUAGGAUAAA